UGGGCCGAUGCAGGCCAGCGGGGUAUAAGGAUAGAUGCGCGGUAUUACCUGCGUUGCCCAUCGCCCGUUGUAGAACAUAAAGGUUCUACGAAGGAGGUGUUAGGUGAUUUUAUUAUUAUGAUUUUAAAUGUCAUCGUUGCUUUCUUCCCGUAGUCACAUAUAAUAAACAAGAAGGUGAACAAGUCACAGACAACCGAUGUCUAAGGGUUUUGUGGUGAACGCUGUGCUACUCAAAUUGAAAAGAAACACAAAACUGGUGUCUGGGCUGUGUGUAGCCUGCCACCCUUCACACCACGCCUUCCAGCGCCGCACCCAGUCUUCCAGUCGGCCUUAUGCUGGGGCGGCUGCUGCUGGCGCGCGGUGCGCGCGCCGGCCUGUCGGCGGCACUGUGGCCGCGGCGGCCGCUCUGCGCGGCGGCACCAAGCCUGGAGCGCGUGUCGUCGGCGCUGGGCUUAACCGAGGAGGACCAGCGUCGCCGCCAGCUGCACUUGAUCAUGCUCGAGUACGGCGAGCUGCAGAUCUCGGGCGCGCGCGUACCCGACGCGCCGUCGCCGACCGACUGGGGUGAACUGCUGCGGCUGCCCACCUACUCGGCGCGUCGCAAGUACCUCGCUUACCUCUUCAAGCGCGAGAAGAGCCGCGAGAGCGACGCGGCACGGCGCCGGGAGCGCGUGGCGGCACGACGCGAGCUGGUGGAAACCGAGUCGCGCCCCGCGGGCCACCUGCAGUACGGGCUCGGACACAACAGCAUCUUCCAUCGGAUCAGUGACAUCACAAUCAAGGACUGGAGCGAGCAGCGCCUUUACACGGCGAUGCGCUUCGGGCAGCCACUGGUGAUGGACCUCGGCUUCGAGGCGCACAUGACACGCCGCGAGAACAAGAACACGGCGCAGCAGCUGAGCAUGCUGUUCGCGCAGAACCGCGCCAGCCUCGACCCGUUCGAUUUGCACCUCUGCAACGUCAACCGCGACGGCGAGAUCAUGGAGUUCCUGCGGCGCUUCAUCCCCACGGUGGAGGAGCCCGCUUUCCCCAUGCACCUGCACGCGGAAAACUACCUGGACGUGUACCCGCGCGACCGGCUGGUCUACCUGACGCCGCACUGUCGGCACGAGCUGACGGCGUUCGAUCACGACGCCAUCUACAUCGUGGGCGGCGUGGUGGACCUGGUGAAAGGUCGGCCAGUCUCGCUGGCCAAGGCCAAGAAGGAAGGUCUCCGCAUGGCCAAGUUGCCGCUCACCAAGUACUUGAGUGUCGGGCCCUCGUUCAGCCCAUCCCUCACGCUGGUCGCCAUGAUCAACAUCCUGCUGGAGCUGCAGUCGUCGGGUAGGUGGGAGUGCGCGCUGCGCCACGUGCCGCGCCGCGGCCUGCUGACUGACGAGGAGAAGCGGGCUCGCGCCGAGACCGACCUGCUCCGGCUGCAGCAUGCGCAGGCGGCGGCGCAGCGGCGCCAGCAGCGUUGGGAGCGCGCGCAGGCGGCAGCAGCGCGGCCUGCUCAUUCCGCCGGGCGUGACAGACCUGCCCAGCCGCCCCGGUGAAGGCUGGAAGGACAUCCAGAGGCACCCCGGACGGCCCAGUGGGCGAGGCCGCGCCCGCUGACGCUCCGUACGGUCGGCGGA